GUAUAAAAGCGAGAAUCUUUUCGGUCGAAAUCAUCAGUCGAAAACGCAUCGAACCAACCAAGUACGAAUUCUCAACAUGAACGCAAAGAUCUUUGUACUUUUCGCCCUCGUGGCAUUGGCUGUAGCCCAAAAAACGUCAACGAAAGAGACGAAGAAAAAUAAACGAGGACUCGUCGGAUACGGAUACGGUCUAGGAUACGGCGGACUCAAUACUUAUUCGGCUGCCCAUUACCCUACGGUCGGCAUCAGUUCGUACUCCGCUCAAUACCCAUCGAUCGGCAUCAGCCAUGGGGUCUCUACGGUCGUAACGAAGGAAGUUGCAGUACCAGUCCCGCACCCGGUCCCCGUAACUGUUGAGAAACACGUCCCAUACCCAGUCAAGGUUCCAUAUGCAGUACCAGUAGAUAGACCAUACCCGGUACAAGUACCCAAGCCUUAUCCGGUCGAAGUAACGAAACAUGUUCCUGUCCCGGUUGACCGUCCUGUUCCAGUUCCAGUAAGCGUCCCGGUCAAGGUCCCAGUACCAGCCCCAUACGUAGUGAAGGUAGCUCAACCUUAUGGAGUCUAUGUUUCCUCUGACCUUUCUUAUGGUGGUCAAUCUUCUUGGUAAAUGGCUGACGACGACAACAACAACCUUCGGUAAACGGAAAACAUUUGUCCAUGAGCGUUAUAAUGUCGUCAAAAAGAAGAAAAGAUAAAUCGUGGUACUUCGAAAGAUGAUAUAUUUUAAAGGAUAAAAAAUAAAAAAAAAGAAGAUAGCUAUACUGGAUUUCUUCAUUUUCUUGCUUUGAGAAUCUCAAAGUGAGAAUCUCGUAUUGAGAGUUCUGCAUAAUUUAAAUAUAUUAUAUUAUGUAGUAUUUAUCUUUUGAUAUACA